AUGACUAUCAAAUUUCCACCGAAAAUUACCAUGCAGGUUCCUGCAAAGAUCAACCCCCAGAUUCGUGUGGGGCCCCUACGAGAAGAUGGAUACCAUGAUAUUAUUCUAGCCUAUCAGGCUAUAUCGCUAUAUGACACUCUGACCAUUUCAUAUAAUCCGGAAGGCCCCACCAUGAACGUCACAGGCAUGGACAGCGACCGCGUUCCAGCGGAUAGUCGGAACCUGGUGAUCAAAGCAGCAUUACUCCUCGGAAGCCACAUGGGCAUCGAGCCACGGCUACAUUUCGAGCUUGCUAAAUGCAUUCCUUCUGAAGCGGGUCUUGGAGGUGGAAGUGCUGAUGCCGCAGCCGCUUUGGUGGGGUGCAACAUCAUGUGGAGAUCCAAGGUUAACGAUGAUGAUCUCAUGGAACUUGGGGCUCAGAUCGGGGAAGAUGUGCCUUUCUUCAUUAAGGGCAUGAUGGCGAUUGGUUUGGGCCAUAAACAGCCGCUCAUGAGCCUGGAGGUGGCGGAUCAUAAGUGGAUCUGGGUUUUAGCGGUCCCGUUCCGCGGUCUGUCAACAAAAGCUGUUUUCCAAGAGUAUGAUAGAAUCUUGAACGGUUCUUUACCGGAAGAGGAGGCAAAGUAUGCUCUCAGGCGGCAAGGGUGUAUGGACGUUGCUUGGGGAACCCGUUCACCAACUGAAUUGUUUGGCUCUCUUGUUAAUGAUCUCGAACUGCCCUCGACGAGACUGUUGUCUGAUAUAGGCGUUGCGCUGGAGACUGGGAGGUCGCAUGGUGCGGUUGCAAGUCUAAUGAGUGGCUCUGGGUCGACAUGUGCCUUCCUGGCGAAAGAUGAAUCCCAUGCAAUGUACCUGAAAAAAGGAUUGGAGAAAGAGAACAUGUUCAGGGAAGUAUUUAUCGCAUCAGGGCCUGUCAAAGGGGCUCGUGUCAUUGAGAACUAG